AUGCUAGCAGGAGUGGCAGCGCGUCUGGCUGACUGGGAGGUCGCACAGCGCUCGGACAUAGACGUAUCAUCUCGUCUCACCUCUGGGAAGAACAUAUUCAAAGUUGGAGAGGGUACUGUGCAGAGGAAUUAUAACUACUAUGUUUACCAUACUUUAACAGAGAUCUUGCAAUGGAUGGAGCAGAUGGAAAGAGACAAUCCUGGAGUGGUCUCCAUCAUUCCCUAUGGGGAGACGUAUGAGAAACGGUCCAUUAAACUGCUGAAGAUUGGGCUGGCUUCCACUGAGAAUAAGAAGGCUAUCUGGAUGGACUGUGGUAUCCAUUCUAGAGAAUGGAUCGCACCUGCGUUCUGUCAGUACUUUGUCAAACAGAUUCUGGAUAACUACAAGACGGAUGAGAAAAUAAAUCUAAUGCUCAAAAACUUGGACUUCUACGUCACUCCUGUGUUGAAUAUGGAUGGUUACGAGUACACAUGGCAGGGCGAGUCUACACGGCUGUGGAGGAAAUCCAGAUCGCCUGGCAACUGUGCAGGCUCUACCUGCAUGGGCACGGACCUGAACCGCAACUUUAAUGCCACAUGGGGUGCGAUUGGAGUAUCAAGGAAUUGUUGUUCCGAAGUGUACAACGGCGCCGAAGUGUUGUCAGAGAUUGAAGCACGGGCGGUCACGAACUUUGUGAGCGCCAAAAGCAAAGACAUCCUCUGCUUCCUCACCAUCCACUCCUAUGGACAGCUCAUUCUGGUGCCUUACGGAAACCCAGAGCUCACUGCAGACAAUUACGAGGAACUGAUGUCAGUUGGUCGUGCAGCUGCCAAGGCUAUAAAAGCAGUUCAUAACAUGAACUACACAGUGGGUACCUCUCCUGAUGUUCUAUAUCCAAACUCUGGCUCGUCCCGAGACUGGGCUCGGUAUAUCGGCAUCCCGUUCUCCUUCACCUUCGAGCUGAGGGACGAUGGAACAUUCGGCUUCAAGCUGCCCGAGUGCGAGAUCCAGCCCGCCUGUGAGGAGGCCUACGCCGGGGUCCACUCCAUCAUCUCCUACGUCCACGACAAGAGCUAUCCCCACAGCGCCGCCGCCAGCCUUAUGGCCACCGUGUGGACAGUCCUGAUCGCACUGUGUCUCACGGGCGGAAACGUCUUGCCGUAGUAGUCACACAUACUAUUUCUCAAAGUCAAGUGUAUGAGCCUUGGUAGUGUGAAUGUGAGUGUGAAUGCUUGAAUGUGCGGCAUAGAUGUAAAGUGGCCGCUCUGAGUGCUCGAAGGAGUGAAAAAGCGCUAUAUAAAUGCAGUCCAUUUACCAUUAACCAUUGGUAGUGUGUCAGCCAUCGUACACACCAAGUGAUUGGAUACUUCGCAGAGUUCACAAAAGUGUGUCCAAUCACUGGGCGUGAUUCAUUACGAAGGCUGACACACUUCGAAGGGCGCAUACUAGACAUUGGGAAACGGCCAUAAUUAUAGGCUACUCUUAGAAUCUCUGCCUUCAUGGCCCAUCAAUGGGCCCCAGCCCACAGCUUGAGAAUCACUAAUCUAGCAGCAUCAUGCUGAAUAACAUGCAGGUAGACUAGCCUGAUACUGUACAUAAGGUACGAAUCCUAACUCACACACAAUUAUGACGGCUAGUGCAAUUACCAUAACAGCUAUUUUUAAAAAAGACUUUACUGUUCUACUGCUUCUCCCAUUACAGUGUCUAACACAAAUGUAAUCAUUCACACAGUGCACUUGUCUGGCGGCAAACGCCAUACUAAAUCAUUUGAAAAGAAUGCGCAAGGCAGCAUGGGUACUCCCAGGCUAACAGUGCACUAGCUUAAAGCGAAAUAUGAUGCACUUUACCAGAUAGUAGCCAUAUAUGGUCCCAGGCUAUAGAUUUGUUUGUAUAUAUAAUAUAAUUGCUAUAUUAAUAAC